CUUAAACUUCCACUCGCUAAAAUGCACUGCUUACAUGGGCAUAAGAACAGUUCUGCAAAGCAAGCAAUUAUUUUGAGUCUUGCAUCAGCGCUAUGGAAGUUCUAUGCUGUUGUCCUUUCAGCAAUUCUGCGACUUCAAACACCACCUCGGAGGAUGGCAGAAAUGCAAAGCCACAAGGAUUGACAAUCCACAACACAAAUGACGGCCCUGAAGUUGGAGUGUUCACUCAUGAAGCGAGGUCUUUACCUCUCCCGGCGGCGAUCGCUGUUCAGCAGAAUGUACAAAAUGCAUGUCGUGGUUUUUCAAGUUCAUGCGCUGCUAGAGGAGACGAGGGGCUUUGCAAGAAUGAAGCUCCACAUUCCGCGGAGAUUCACGUAGUGCAAUUUGAUUAUAUGGCGAGGGGCCGUGAGGAGCUGAGUGUGAAAAAAGGAGAGCGCCUAGAGAUCCUCAGCAAAACAGGGGACUGGUGGCUCGCUCAGCAAGUUUGUAAAUGUUCAUACAAACAAAAAAAACCCUGCUCUGGGUUUGUGCCUGUCGAAAUACUCGCAAAAGAGAGGAGCUUGGAGGGAGAACCCUGGUACUGUGGAAAAAUGACCAGGUUUGAAGCAGAAAACCAUCUCCUCUCUUCUAAGCAAUUUGUUGACAUGUUUCUUGUCCGCAAAAGUGAGACCAUUCAGGGCUCAUAUGUACUGUCAGUGAAAAAUGGAGAAUCAAUCAUUCAUGUUGUGAUUUUGCAAAAAGAGAAUGGUCGCUAUUACGUAACAGAAGAUGCAGAUUUUGGCAGCAUUCAUGAGCUGAUUGAACAUUAUAAACAUUAUACAAUACAAUGCACUACUAGAUUAAACAGACCCAGCAAAAGAAAAAAGCCAUCUCUUCGUCACUUAUCAUACAACACAGUGGACAAAUGGGAAAGACCAAAGGAAGAAUUCACUUUGGUAAAGUGCAUAGGAUCUGGUAAUUAUGGAGAAGUGUGGAAAGCCAUCUGGAAUGACAACGUACCUGUUGCAAUUAAAAUGCUGAAAGAAGAAGUUAAAGACUCCAGCAAUUUUCUGAAAGAAGCACAAAUUAUGAAGAACUUCCAACAUGAGAAUCUGAUUCCUCUCUAUGCUGUAUGCACCAGAAAGCAACCUUUCUUCAUUGUCACUGAAUUGAUGAUACAUGGAGAUCUUUUGAAUUAUUUGAGGGAAUCUGAAGGAUGUUUUACAAUUGCGCAAUUAAUUGAAAUGGCAAUUCAGAUUGCUGCUGGAAUGUUGUAUCUUGAAUCCAAACAAUAUAUUCAUCGGGACUUAGCAGCAAGAAAUGUUCUUGUGGGAGACAAUAUUGUUUGCAAAAUUUCAGACUUUGGACUUACUAGAUUGCUUCAGAAUGCCACAACUGGUAGCAUACCUGAUGCUCAACUUCCUGUUAGGUGGACUGCUCCAGAAGUAGCAAGUAUGAAUCAAACUUCGAUGAAAUCUGAUGUCUGGUCAUUUGGUAUUGUUCUGUUUGAGAUUAUCACAAAUGGGAAGAUACCAUAUCCUGGAAUGACAAAUAAAGUGGUCUUAUCUGAACUACUACAAGGCUACAGGAUGCCAUGUCCUAAUGGCUGUCCACAACCCAUUUAUAACAUUAUGAGACAAUGCUGGAAUGAAAUUCCAUCUCAAAGGCCACCAUUUAGAACACUGAAACUACAGUUGGAAGAGUUCAUCAUAACCAAUUACCAUCCUCUCUACUAACCAUCUUCAAAAUGGAAGAACUAUUUAUUUAAAGUUACCAACAAAAUGAGAAAAUUCUUCAAAACGUAAUGGACUGAAUGGUGUAGUAUGAAUGAAACUAAUUGCAUAGAUUGUUUUAUACAUAGAAAUUGAGCAAUAGUUUCUCGUGACUAUUAAAUAUGCCAUUAGGUAUGGAAGUUGUUGACUGAAGUAAGCUAUUCCUUCAAAAGCUGUGCAGUAUCUCACCCAGGGUCCUGCCAUUCAAAUAGUUAUAUAUAUCUAAUAUAUGUGGACUAAAUUUGCCAGAAAAUGUUAUGAUUUGUCCAUUUCAGCAUCAUUACUUUUUUUGAUGGGAUGCUGACUUUUAAUUUCUUCCAGACAAACUGUCUGGCACUGGAGAUUAACUUUGAGAUUUACAGCAAUGAUGUGGAGGUGCUGGUGUUGGACUGGAGUGGUCAAGGUCAAAAAUCACACGACACCAGGUUAUAGUCCAAGAGUUUUAAU